CUACCGAUCACCGUUUCCUGUUGUGUUUUUGUUCGCGGAAAGUGAAUCACCAAAAGAAGCAGCAUGUCUCAUGGAGUGUUCAGUGGGCAAGCUGGGCCAGGCGCCCUUAGCUCAGCUCCUGUAUCCAAGGUGGAAAUAAGAGUCAAGUGUCAGAACUUACUGGAUAAGGAUGUAUUAUCGAAGUCUGACCCAAUGUGUUGCUUGUACCAAAAUGUUCAGGGCAGCUGGCGAGAGAUUGGGCGGACAGAGAACAUCCAGAAUUCACUGUCACCACAGUUCGCUAAAACCUUCCUUGUGGACUACUACUUUGAGGAGGUUCAGAAGCUGAGAUUUGCUGUGUACGAUAUCGAUAACACUACAGCUACUGUUAGUGAUGAUGACUUUCUUGGACAAAUGGAAUGUACACUUGCCCAGGUUGUAGCAAAUACUCCAUAUACAAAACAAUUGCUACUUGAGAAGGGUCAGAAAGCUGGAAAUGGGCAGAUAACUGCGUCAGCUGAAGAGAUGUCUGCUAGCAAAGAAUGCCUGAUUCUUCAUUUUCGUGCAACAGAUUUGGACAAAAAGGACUUUUUUGGCAAGUCUGAUCCAUUCUUAGAAUUCUAUAAGCAGACUACAUGGGGAAGUUGGGAUCUUGUACAUCGGACUGAGUUUAUCAAGAAUACUCUCCAUCCCACGUGGAAGAAAUUCCAGAUAAAUAUGGCAACACUGUGCAGUGGAGAACCAAACAGGCCCUUAAAGGUACUGUGCCACGACUACGAUGAUGAUGGCAGUCAUGACCUAAUCGGAGAGUUCAAAACGACAGCGGCAGAGAUGGAGCAAGCCGCACAGAAGCAGGUGCAGUGGGAAUGCAUCAACGAGAAGAAGAAGGCGAAGAAGAGAAACUACAAGAACUCUGGUGUCAUCUACCUUACAUCUUGUCAGAAAGUAAGAGAGUACUCCUUCCUGGAUUUCAUUUUUGGUGGCUUGCAGAUGAAUUUUACGGUAUUGAAGGUGUGCUGCAAGCAUACAGGAACUGUAUCCGGCAGGUGCGGCUCUAUGGUCCAACAAACAUCGCGCCUAUCAUUCUCCAUGCAGCCAAGUUUGCAGCUGCUGUCCAGACACAACCAACAGCUAGCCAAUACUUUGUUCUGCUCAUUCUAUCCGAUGGAGUGAUUACGGACAUGAAUGAUACACGCAAUGCCAUCGUCUAUGCCUCCAGUCUGCCGCUGUCCAUCAUCAUUGUCGGUGUAGGCAAUGCUGAUUUCACCGACAUGAACACGCUAGAUGGUGACGAUGGCAUCUUGAGAACAACCAGUGGUCAGCCAGUACUCAGAGACAUAGUCCAGUUCGUUCCCUACAGAAAGUAUUCUUCGAAUGCAGCAUUUCUAGCAAAAGAAGUUCUUGCAGAAGUACCCAAUCAAGUCGCUGGUUACUACAAGAUGAAAGGUAUUGUUCCUAUGACACCUCCCCCAGCUCAACAGCAACCAGCAGGCUAAGACUGGUCUAUAGUCGUAAAGACUUCGAUUCAGAUACGGGGAACAAGUAAAUAUUUUAUUACGUUAAUGUAAAUUAUACUUACGUGAGAAUGUGUAUUUACUUUUAAAGUAGCCAUGUAAUACAAUCUUAAAUGAUUAUAUGCUUAAUUUGACUAGGGGGGAAAUGCAUAGUCAUGCAAAAAUAGACAAUUCUGAUAGUUUCAUAAUGAUAAUAUCAUGAUUUCAUUACCAUAUCAUAAAAAAACACUAGUAGUAUUUUAAUCUUUUUGAAUAUUGGCAAUUCAAAAAAGUUUUAAUGAUAGCCGCGUUCACACGUAGCAAGAAAUUUGGUAUUUAGCGUUCACACGAGGCAAAAUGCGCGGUCCAAGAAA